GAAGACUGACGAGAAAGGAUCAACUGUGCAAACUUGGCGUGAACCAGAGAUAAUACCGCAACGUGAUCUAUGUCCUGACCUGACCAAUAGCAACAAUUAUCAAUUACGUGUAGAGCACCUUUACCCCCGGAAAAGCAAGGACGGAGAAUUUAGCCAUGCCGCAAAUAGCGGUGCCGCGAGCGAGAAGGAAAGAGUGAGGCAUGGUAGUUUGACGAUACACCGUGAUCGUGAUGUCGAACUAUUACACAAAUAA